UUAAUGCUAUGAGUUGUACACUCUGGAACUGAACCAUAAUGCGUGCAGUGAGAUAGUACUUCAUGUGAUUUUUUUAAUUAUGCUCUGCGAAUGAGCAGCAAUAUUUUUCCUUUUAUUCACUUGGACAUGAACUUAUCUAAAUAGAUAAGGUAAGUCACGCACUAUCCAAAUACGGAGUAAAUUUCAUCCGUUGAAAAUUGGAAAUACCAAUAAGUAAUAAGCUUAGAUUUACAACUUUAUUUGUUUUAUUCUAAAAUAUAUAUGCUCCGUAUAAGGUUAAUAAAAAAAAAUGUCAAGUUUAUUUCCAAAACCAAAUUGACGGACUAGAAACAAUUGAUGAUUUCUUUGAUUAUAAUUAUACGAUAGUAUAUAUUACCUUAUAUAUUUUCCUGAUUAAAUCAAUACUUUUUGUAGUAUUAUGGCACAUAUUAGCAAAAGAGAGUUUGACGUCCUUGAUUUAUCUGGCCAAAAGUAUUUGGAAUGGAAAGUCGACGCUUUGGCACAUUUAAAAGCAAAUGCUCUUGAAAAUACAAUUGCUGAAAAUAAUUCAGCCACUCCCCAAAAUAAGGCAAAAGCCAUCAUCUUUCUUCGUCAUCAUCUCCAUGAAAGUUUGAAAUCUGAGUAUCUAUUGGUAGAUGACCCUAAAGAAUUAUGGGAUAAUCUCCAAGAAAGGUAUGGCCAUCAACAAAAGGUCCUUUUACCAAAAGCUCAAUAUGACUGGAUCAAUUUACGAUUCCAGGAUUACAAAUCUGUGAGUGACUACAAUUCUGCUUUGUUCCAAAUAACAUCAAAACUAAAGUUAUGCGGACAAAAAGUCACUGAUGCUGAAAUGUUGGAGAAAACUUUGUCCACUAUGCAUGUUUCAAAUGCUCUUUUACAAGAGCAAUAUAGACAAAAGCAUUUUCAAAAGUAUUCUGAUUUGAUAUCAGUAUUACUAUUUGCUGAGACGAAUAUCGACAUUUUGAUAAGAAACCACAAUAUGAGACCCACGGGUUGUAGCCCGGUUAGUUUUGGUCCACCAAAUCAUGGUUCAAAACAUGAAUCAAAUGCAACUCAUAGUGGUGCUCGUGGACAUUUCAAACGUGGUCGUGGUAUUGGUCGUUAUAAUGGACCUAGCCGGCGAAACAAACAGAGUAGUAGCUCAUUUUACAAAGGCAAGGGUAAGCAAAACCGCCAUCAAACAAAGAGCCCGACGAAAUCUUCAGAAAAGGCCAAAGCCACUUGCUUUAAGUGUGGCACGUCGGGACAUUGGGCAAAUAAGUGUCGUACACCUAGACACUUGAUUGAUUUAUAUAAAUCAUCUCUAAAAGGAAAGAAUGUGGAAACUAAUUACGUCAACGAAAAUGAUCCACCAAUGCCCACAUUCAAUGUGUCUGAUUUCUAUAUGGACGAUAAUGAGAUGAACACCGACAUCAUUAUGGGUGAAAAAUAAUAAAUAAGUAAAUAAAAAGGAAUUUGAAAUAAUUCUGUUAUGUAAUAUAUUCUACAAUAAAAGUUUGUUUGUAUUGUAAUUUUUAUUUGGUGUGCUUAUUUCGAUUGUAAAUGUUAUGUACAUUUUAAUGAAUAAAGCCUUGUUUAUAUUAC